ACUUCAUCAGGAAUAUGGGACCAGCCUCAGAUCCACCAUAAGUGCUAGAAAAGCAGAUGUUCUCAGGCAAACAGUUGGAAUGAAUGGUGAUUUAUUGAUUAAUAUACAUAUUUUGUUUUCUCAGUGGUGGUUUUUAAAAUACUGGCGCCUUGAAUGUGUGAGUGGUACUAAUUAAGGGAAGGUGAAGGUAAUUUCUGGAGGCUUUGUCAUUAACACUGAACUCAUAACGCAGAGGGGAUGGUAUGUUGUCCACCCUAAUGUGGGUUAUAUUCUGUGCACGACACAUUGGAUUAAAAAAGACGCAGCCACAGAGGAAGGUAUUUAUGAGCAGACAUUUCUUAUAUAACUGCAGCCAACCCAUCCUGGAUGUAAAGAUAGCGUUUUGUCAGGGUUUUGGAAAACAAGUGGAUGUGUCAUAUAUCGCCAAACAUUACAACAUGAGCAAAAGCAAAGUGGACAACCAGUUCUACAGUGUGGAAGUGGGAGACUCCACCUUCACAGUUUUAAAACGUUACCAGAAUUUAAAGGCCAUCGGCUCUGGAGCUCAGGGAAUUGUCUGUGCGGGCUAUGAUGCUGUCCUGGACAGAAAUGUAGCCAUCAAGAAGCUGAGCAGACCCUUCCAGAACCAGACCCAUGCCAAGAGGGCAUACCGGGAGUUGGUGCUCAUGAAAUGUGUCAAUCACAAAAAUAUUAUUAGUUUAUUAAAUGUCUUCACACCACAGAAAUCAUUAGAGGAAUUCCAGGAUGUGUACCUAGUGAUGGAGCUGAUGGAUGCCAACUUGUGCCAGGUGAUUCAGAUGGAACUUGACCAUGAGAGAAUGUCCUACCUGCUCUACCAGAUGCUGUGUGGUAUCAAACAUCUGCACUCAGCCGGAAUUAUUCACAGGGAUCUCAAACCAAGCAAUAUAGUGGUGAAGUCAGACUGCACCCUGAAAAUCCUGGACUUUGGUCUGGCCAGGACUGCUGGCACCAGCUUCAUGAUGACCCCUUAUGUGGUGACUAGAUACUACAGAGCCCCAGAGGUUAUCCUGGGCAUGGGAUACAAAGAGAACGUGGAUAUAUGGUCCGUGGGGUGCAUUAUGGGAGAAAUGGUGCGCCACAAAAUCCUCUUCCCUGGGCGGGACUACAUCGACCAGUGGAACAAGGUAAUUGAGCAGCUAGGCACACCCUCACCAGAUUUCAUGAAGAAGCUUCAGCCCACAGUGAGGAACUACGUAGAGAACCGGCCAAAGUACACGGGUCUCACUUUUCCCAAGCUCUUCCCUGACUGCCUUUUCCCUGCUGACUCUGAGCACAACAAACUCAAAGCUAGCCAGGCCAGAGACCUGCUGUCAAAGAUGCUGAUCAUCGACCCGGCUAAACGGAUAUCGGUGGACGAAGCCUUACAGCACCCCUACAUCAACGUGUGGUAUGAUCCGACUGAGGUGGAGGCGGCCAGGGAUCUCAUCCAAAUAUCCAUGCCUCCACCUCAGAUCUACGACAAGCAGCUGGAUGAAAGAGAACACUCCAUUGACGAAUGGAAAGAACUAAUUUACAAAGAGGUGAUGAACUUUGAGGAGAGAACGAAGAAUGGCGUUGUGAAGGGACAGCCUUCACCUUCAGGUACUCUCAGUGCAUAACCCUAAACGCUCUCACAGGUGCAGCCGUGAACAGCAGCGAGAGCCUCCCUCCCUCCCCCUCCAUAAACGACAUCUCCUCCAUGUCCACCGACCAGACCCUGGCCUCAGACACUGACAGCAGCCUGGAGACCUCUGCAGGACCCCUGGGGUGUUGCAGGUGACUAGCCGCCUGCCUGCGAAACCCCAUGUUCUUCCGAAGGUGAAGAACCCAGCCGCAAAUGACCGCCUAAAAAAACACAACAACAACAAAAAAAGAUCUAAAUGAUUAUAUUAAGAACAGAAACCUGAGUUAUGAAAUCAAUGAAUCUGAAAUGAUCAAAUCUAAAGCCUGUGCAUUGUCAUUCAAAAACAGCAGUGGUAUUUAAACUGAAGUAAAUAAGCUGAGAUAUAUGUUAAUGAUCCUCUAGUUGCUUUGCUUAUAUUACCCCACAUAUCAUGUAUAUGGCAUCCAAACAAAACAACCAAAUGCUUUGACUUGCAUCCCCUGUAAAGUGCAUAUUGGUGGGCUGCAGGUCUCACAAUUCCUUUCAAAAGCAUUUAUGCUCCAAUCAUUGUGGCAAGGUGGGCUGCCAUUUUGCUCAUCACUACUGUACAAUACAUUCUCCUUUUCCCUUAUCGAAUCCUUAUGUAAUGGCACUGCUGUAUUUUAACCUCUUAGACAUCCUCAAUCCCCAUUGUAAGGUUGCCUGAUGCGUGUGUUUUUAUGUGGUUAUUCUGCAGGGAUAUGUAGUCGCUCUCACCCAGAGAGCGGCACUCCCGGCGCUACUUGUAAAUAAUGUAAUUCUGUACAGCUGAAGGCUACACAGCGUGGGACUGACGGCCAGUACACUGGGAGUUUAUUUCUUGACUAGCGCACCUUGCCACAUCACUCCUUUCCACCUCAGUUGCUCCUACCUAUUGCUGUAGUCCUGCAUGGUUAAAUUUAAAACAAUGCUAAUCUCACUGUAUGCUAAAAGGAGUCUGAAUAAAGACUUUUGUUUAUAUACGAUGUAAACUAACUCAACUCCAGACAAGGGGGGGUCUGAUCACAGGAUAGGACGAGUGAGUGCGAGUUUGUGUGUGUGUGUGUGUGUGUGUGUGUGUGCGUGCGUGCGUGCGUGCGUGCGUGCGUACGUGUGUGUGUGUUUUUGUGUUUGUUACCAAGCCAUUAAGACAUUAGUAAAUGUCGAGGCUGAGUUUGGGACUUAAAGCGUCAGUACACUCUCAAAUAAAUUAUUUUGAUUGUUUUCAGACUUAAUUGACCUUUAAGGGGUU